AUGACCAAGACAAGUCUCAAGAUGAAGUUCAUAUAUUUAAAUUUUAUGUGUUUGUUGGUAUCGAGUGUAUUAUCAAAGAAACGUGAUAAUGCUAAUUAUAACAGGGAUAAAUUUCCAACAAGUUUUUCGUGGUCAUCACUUGAUUUCGAAUUUCCAAAUGCACGUAAGAGACAAGAGUCAAUAAAUCAAGGUGAUUUUAUUCCUGGUGUUCCAGUUCCACUCGACAUGGAUGUUAUUGAAAUACCAAAGGGAAAAAAAAUAUUUAUCACGAUACCACGAUUUCAAUAUGGUGUACCAGCAACUCUUGGAUACUUCACAAGUAAUGAUCGUAAACCUCCAAUUAUAAAACCAUUUCCAAAUUGGGAAAUGAACAGACUGGGUAAUUGUCAAGGAAUUACAAACGUUUAUCGUAUCAAAAUUGAUGAGUGUGGAAGACUCUGGGUUCUAGAUACUGGAAAAAUUGGAGCCCAGCGUUUUUGUCAACCUAAAUUAUUAGUUUUCAAUCUAAAAACUGAUCAAGUUAUUCAUCGAUACGAAUUUCCACAAAGUCAAUUGACUAAUACAUCAAAUUUGAUAAAUUUAGUUGUUGAUAUUCGUGAUCCACAAAGAAAAUGUAAGGAUACAUUUGUUUACAUAACAGAUGUUGAUGCAUUUCAAUUAAUUGUCUAUGAUCAUGUUAAUCAAAGAUCAUGGAAUAUUAAAAAUAGAUUAUUUUAUCCUUAUCCACAAUUUGGAAUACUAACUAUCAACGGAAUAAGUUUUGAUUUAAUGGAUGGUAUUUUUGCUCAUGCAUUGGGUCCAAUUAAAAAUGGUGAUAGAAUUUUGUAUUUUCAUUCACUUGCUAGUAAUGUUGAAAGCUACGUUUCUACGUCAAUUUUAAGAAAUUAUGAUAUUUUUAAAAAUAAUUCAAAUGCUGCUGCAAGAGAUUUUAAAUCAUUUUCAAAAACAAGAAAAGCACAAGCUUCAGCUCAAGCUAUGGACAAUAAUGGUGUAUUAUUUUAUGGGCUUGUUCAAGAAGUUGCAAUUGGUUGUUGGAAUAGCCAAAAAUUUACCGAGUAUGGUGAAGAAAAUCUUGAAGUUCUUGUUGCUGAUAAAGACACAUUACAAUUUUCAUCAGGUGUUAAAAUCAUUCAGUUGGCAAAGGCUGAAGAUGAAUUGUGGGUAAUGACUAUGUCAUUACAAAAAGUUUGGACAGGUACAAUCAAUCCAAACGAGACAAAUUUUAGAAUUCACACUAGUUCUAUUAAAAAAUUAGUUGAAGGAACUAAAUGUGCUGUUAAAGAUUUAAAUAAUCGAAUUAUAUUUCCCAAGAACUAG